AAGACAGGCUCAGCUUGAAGAUAUGGCGUUUGGAGAUGCCUGGAAGCAGAUAUCUUGGUUUUAUUACCAGUAUCUUCUUGUGACGGCUUUAUACAUGUUGGAACCAUGGGAGAGAACAGUCUUCAAUUCUCUCCUCAUCUCUGUGGCAGGAAUGGCGGUCUACACUGGUUAUGUCUUUAUGCCUCAGCAUAUCAUGGCUAUUUUGCACUACUUUGAAGUGGUCCAGUGACACCCGUGGCCAGUUUGUAAAGGAUGCCCGUGGCUUCCCCCUGGUGGCCGGAGAGUGGAAUGCGUUUCCAAGUAUUGUUGAUGCUUACGAUGGCUGGAAACAUGGACAGUACACAAGAACUGAGGGGGGAGGG